AUGGGCUGGGCUACUGGCAAAGUCUACAAGAUCGAGUGCGGCGUCAACCAGCUUGGCAACGACCUAUCAAGUGCCCCUGAGCCGGACCUCGAAAGCUGUGUGGAGUCUUGCGGUGCUGUGCCAGGAUGCACCGCCAUCUCCUGGCAACAUGGAACCAGAUUGUGCUUCUACAAGUCAACGGUCGACCAGCCUGUGGCCGAUCUGACCUACGACUCUGCGGCAUCAGCAGAUCUCUCUUGCCCGAACGCUGAUGGCGUAUCCUUCAUUGAUGCCACUGGAUACAUGUACCAAGUACAGUGCAACACUUUCUUCCCGUCCAGCAACAACAUCACCAGCAGCGACGGAGGUCAGGAUCUUGCGGACUGUGCUAUGCAGUGUUCGACCAUGAGCGACUGCACGGGAGCUACUUACAUGGACAGCAGCUGUACGUUCUUCAGUGAUCCUGGUUCGAACGAUGGUACUUCUCAACCGGGCAUCACGAGCUUAGUUCUCCUUUCGAAACGGUUGGUCUUGAGUGGACUGGCAGAAGGCUCUACGGACAGGGCGACUAGCACGCCUGCGGUUGUGCCGAGCUAUUCGAUGUCAAGAAGGGAGCUGUCGAUCAUUACGAACUCGAUGCCGACGACAACGCUGCCUGGCUUGAGCUCCACGUCUGUGUCGGUCACAUUGCCGACGAGAGGACCGACUAUCAGCGCCGACUCGUUGUCAACAUCUUUACCAAGCGGUUCGAUACCGACCGUUUCCCUCAGCUCUCUAACACUCUCAAGUUCCAGCUUGAGCAUUGGCAAUUCGGUCACUGUUCUGUCUACUUCGGUCUCCCUGCCAUCAGUAAGUCUCGACACGGAUACCGGAGUCUCAGUCAGCCUGCCGUCAGUUACCACUUCUGGACCGUCCGCGUCGGUCACAUUACCGUCUGCCUCUGGAAGUUUGAACACCGACCUGAGCUUAAGUCUGCCAACGACAUCAGCGUCAGCGUCAGUCCCAAGUGUCAACACUGGCCUCACCGCCACUACACCAUCAGUAUCCGGUAGUGAGCCCUCGAUCUCGGUGUCUUUGCCUUCGACGAGCGUGGACACUGCACUGUCGUCACCAUCUGGAAGCACGCUUCUUCCAUUCCCGAGUUCGCUAUCUGGCUUACCGUCUAUGGGCAUUGAUCCAAACGCUUCUCCGACCCCGGGAGCGAGUCUCAGCUCAUCGUCUGUCUCGCGCCCGACUGGUAUCCCACUGAGCCUUGCCUCUACAGUAACAAUCCUUUCGUCUGCGACCGUUCCCACAUCUGCCGCUCCGACGCAAACCACGCCGGCUUAUUCAUGCGCGGAUAACGACGGCGAAGUCAUCAACGAGAACGGCUAUGAGUACGUUCUCAGCUGUAGCAACGACACCACUGGCAACUUCUACAGCUCCCGAUUUGCUGCAAACAACUUCAACGACUGCUUCCUACAUUGCGACCAGAGCAGCACAAGCGACGGAGCUCAGUACUGCACUGCCUUUACCUACGUGGGCAUGCUUGAUGGGAAAGGGCCUGGAAUGUGCUACCUCAAGAACAGUGUCGGCGAGAGCACUAUGCCCGGUCCAUCACAUUACGUGGCUGCAGUCCGGCUGUCCAACUAUGCUGGCCGGGCCGUAGUUGGAGCUCAAUCCAACUCGUAUCCAUCAACUGCUCUUCCUACGAACCCAGCGACUAUUCCCGCAGCUUCGACAACGGGACCAUUGCCGACCAGUGCCUCCAGCCUUGCGGACGUCAGCAAUGCUGGCUCCAUGCUAAGUGACUCUAAUUCGGCCUCCCUGCCGGCCAUGACUGGCAGCCCGCCUAUCACUACGCCAUCUAUUUCAGCAUCAGUGCCUACUGGAUUUGCAGCCAUCAGUGCCACAGCUUCCAUCGACUCUCUCACCACCAGCGGGGUGUCUUCAGCUGUGGCCGGCGUCACAGGUACCACAAUAAGCAGCCCUGCCGCAAUCUCUUGCGCCAACGGUGGCAACAUCCUGAACGGCUGCAUCAUUGCUACCGUGACCGAUGGCGUCGGCGCAGGAGUCAGCGGUGGCAUUGGUCUCAACGGCCCAUCCAGCAGUACUAUCCUCGACGUGCAAAUCUCAGCCGCUGCCAGCGUCUCACUAUCUCUGGAUGCCAGUCUCGGUAUCGGCGUCAGCAUAGGGUCCAGUGGCAUCGGCAUCGGCGUCUCAGGCACACUUGGAGCAGGUGUGGGAGCGACCGUGGGCGCUGGAUUGAGCGGUGCGCUGGGCGGCUUAGGAGGGUUAGGAGGCGCAUCCACGCCAGCGUCAGCCCUGUCGUCGCCGACGCCGACGGCGCCGAGUGUUUCGACGACUACGAUACAGAGCAUCACGACGGUGACAUCCUGCUCCACCGGCCUUGGAGGUCUAGUGACCUGUCCCGGCGGCGUCACAAUCUCCAGUGUCCGGAGCAUCAGCAUCACUGUACUGACAUCUUCAUGCUCCACGGAGCUUGGUGGUAGCGGUGACCACCACAGUGACCUUGUCAAGCCUGUCGACAAGUAUGCGAUCUUCUACGUCGGCUUCAUCAUCGUCUUCUACGAGGACGAGUAG